CGCGCCCUCAAGGACGGCCGCGGGGAUGACGGCGUCGUCCGAGAGCUCGGAUGUACGUCGGGCGGACGAGUAUGCGUCAACUCCGGUGGAUGAAAGCGCCGCCUCGACAGCGGCUGCGUCCCGUAACGUCGACGCCCUCACGUUCGACGAGAUGCUAGCGCUGCAUGUCGGGGAGAACGGCCGCGCGCAAAUCCGGCACUUCUUGAUAUCUUCUGCGGCCUGGUUGCCAGCUGCGUUCCUGACGCUGAUGACGGUGUUCACCGCCCGAAUGCCAGCGUGGAGAUGCACCACCCUCGACGGAUGUACGGACGAGUCCUCGGGCGAACUGAAGGACAUCUGCGAGCUCGAAGCAACCGAGUGGGAAUGGGUGUCGAAGACGGCUUCGAUUGUGUCCGAGUGGAACCUCGUAUGCGAUGAGGAGUGGAAAACUUCCGCGGCCGACUCCAUCUUUUUCGUUGGUUUCUUCUUCGGGGCUGGUAUUAUCGGGCAGCUGGCGGAUGUUCAUGGACGACGGGUAGCGUUGUACGGCUCGUUACUUAUCGCCGGCGGAGCUUCUGUUAUAACCGGCGUGUCUUUCGGAUACUGGGAAUACUUUCUGUUUAAGGUCGUUCUCGGAUUCGGGUGCGGUGGCAUCGGCGUGGCGUCAUUCGUUCUGUGUACGGAACCGCUAGGGGCUCCGUGGCGAGGGUUUUUAGGCGUCGCCACGCAGUAUUGGUGGUCGUCGGGCAUAUGCUUGCUGUCUGGCAUCGCGUGGAUUAUAUCAGACUGGAGAGAACUCACGAUUUUUAUUGUUCUGUCAGUCGUCCUGUACUGUGUCCUCACCGCGCGGACGCUAAAGGAAAGUCCGCGUUGGUUACUCGCGUCUGGAAAGCCCGAGGAAGCGCUGGAGAAUCUCACCGCCCUCGCGAAAGGGAACGAUCGAGAAAUUCCUCUAGAUGGUCUGCCGCCGCUGGUACGUCUUCAAGACACUUUAAGACAAUUAUUUGCUGUGGAGUUGACUAAUGAUGAUAUUAUUCUCGCAGAAGGAGGCGUUUGUCUCACACUUUACUUGACACCUCGCAGGUUCCGACUUUACGCCAUGGCAUUCAUCUUCAUGGUGAACAGCAUGGUGUACUACGGACUGUCACUCAACGUCGGCUCGCUGGCGGGCUCGAUAUAUGUGAACAGCUUUUUAUCAGGCCUUGUCGAAUUUCCCUCGCACGCCUUCGCUCAGUGGUCGGUGGAAAAAUUUGGCCGGAAAAUCACGCUGAUUUUCCUGUUAGCAGUUGCCGGGAUCGCGUGUUUGCUCAGCGGCUUCAAUACGGUAAAAUUUCGACUGGGAACGACGCAAACAGCUUUCGCGUUACUUGGACGCUGGGGAAUAACCGCGUCAUUCAACAUGAUUUUCGUGUAUACCACGGAACUUUUCCCUACCGUGGUGAGAAGUGCCGCGCUCGGUACGUGCUCGCAAGUUGCGAGACUCGGUGGAAUCGCGGCACCGCAAAUAAUACUAUUAAAACUCGUGCACCCUUCGCUUCCUUCUAUAAUAUUUGGAGGAUUCGCUGUAGCGGGGUGCGCGGCUGCAACAGUCUUACAAGAAACGAAGGGACUUAUUCUGGAAGAAACGCUCGAAGGCGCAGCUCGGCAAGCGGAGGUCUCGUCAAUGGAUCGUGCAUUCUUUAGAUUACAAGCAGACGAAGAAGAGGAAACGCUUCCGCGAGUGUGAAGGAAGUAUUCUAAAAUUUCUAUUAUAAGUCUAGUUUGAGACCUAGCAAAGAGCAUGUUUUUUACUCUGUCUUUCGUCGCUUUAAGUCCUUGAGCUUUGUGAACGACGACGAUUCCCGCAACCAAAGAACUGCGCCAAUUAAGCCAAGAGCGAGAACCCCGCCGCCGAGAUGAAUCCAAGCAUCAAGCGAAGACGUAAAGACGGUUCCAACAGAUGUAAAGAAGAGAACGCUGAUAACUUCUAUUCGCGGAAAUAAAUCCGCAAGGACUAAGGACCUCGCUCCUUUUAAGCGCACGCGAAGUAUGUAAUAAAUCGCGUACAAUAUGCGCGCAGACAUCGUUAAACAGUUUGCGACAAUCAGACCCAACGCUCCAAGAUAUGCUUGCAGCGUAAUCGAACAAAUAACGUUAAAGAUAGAACUCAAAAGCAA